UGCUAGCAUCCCUGCGCUUGCCGCCGACCAAGCGAUCGGAGCCGGACUCACUGAAGAUCAAAGUCCAAAUGAGAGUCGGCAAAUACGACAGGCGUCACGUUGCCAAGGGAACCCGCCGUCAGGCGGCUGAUCGGCGGAGUCCUGUAUGUCUCCGUGGCAACGGCGCACUUCCUGCGCCGGUUUGAAUUCCAGUGACGUCACAAAGGUAACGGUCGGGCCGCCGGAAGGAGGGAAGCCAUGUUGUGCGGAAGGCUGGGCUGAGCCUCGGAGCCGGGCCGCAGAGCUGAUAUCUUUGGAAAACUACUGUCAUUUUUCUCCUCUAAUUAUGGAUCAAGACUAUGAAAGGCGUCUUUUACGACAAAUUAAUGUUCAGAAUGAAAAUACAGUUCCUUGUAUAUCAGAAGUUAGAAGAACAUUAACACCUUCCAAUUCACCAGUAUCAUCACCAAGUAAAAGUGGUGACCGCUUUAUUCCAUCAAGAGCAGCUGCUAACUGGAGUAUAAACUUCCACAGAAUAAAUGAAAAUGAAAAGUCUCCUAGCCAAAACAGAAAAGCAAAAGAUGUAACAUCUGACACUGGCAAAGAUGGACUUGCUUAUUCUGCAUUACUUAGAAAUGAGCUGCUUGGAGCAGGCAUUGAAAAGGUGCAGGACCCUCAAACUGAAGAUAGGAGGUUACAGCCUUCAACCCCUGAGAAGAAAAGCUUAUUUAAGUAUUCUCUUAGCACAAAGCGUGCAAAUCCUGAUGAUGGAAAUGACAUUUCUCCUUAUUCCUUAUCUCCUGUUAGCAAUAAAAGCCAAAAAUUGUUGCGGUCACCAAGAAAGCCUACAAGAAAAAUCUCAAAGAUUCCUUUCAAAGUUCUUGAUGCACCAGAACUUCAGGAUGACUUUUACUUGAACCUUGUGGACUGGUCUUCCUUAAAUGUAUUAAGUGUUGGACUUGGCACAUGUGUGUACCUCUGGAGUGCCUGUACGAGCCAGGUGACCAGACUGUGUGAUCUUUCUAUAGAUGGCGAUUCUGUGACAUCAGUCGGCUGGUCAGAGAGAGGAAAUUUGGUAGCUGUUGGAACGCACAAAGGAUACGUUCAAAUUUGGGAUGCAGCUGCAGGGAAGAAAUUAUCUACACUGGAAGGUCACUCAGCUAGAGUGGGGGCCCUGGCAUGGAAUGCAGAUCAGUUGUCAUCAGGAAGUAGGGACCGUCUGAUUCUCCAAAGAGAUAUUCGCACCCCACCACUGCAGUCUGAGCGGAGGCUUCAGGGUCACCGGCAGGAAGUUUGUGGUUUGAAGUGGUCGACUGAUCACCAGCUACUGGCAUCUGGAGGAAAUGACAACAAGCUUCUGGUAUGGAAUAGCUCCACUUCAGGACCAGUGCAGCAAUAUACAGAGCAUCUUGCAGCCGUAAAAGCCAUUGCCUGGUCUCCCCAUCAACAUGGUCUCCUUGCGUCAGGUGGUGGAACUGCAGACCGAUGUAUUCGAUUCUGGAACACCCUCACCUCUCAGCCUUUGCAGUGCAUAGAUACAGGUUCCCAAGUGUGUAACCUCGCCUGGUCCAAACAUGCAAAUGAACUAGUGAGUACUCAUGGUUAUUCACAAAAUCAAAUCCUGGUGUGGAAGUAUCCUUCAUUGACGCAAGUAGCCAAAUUGACUGGGCAUUCAUACAGAGUGCUGUACUUGGCAAUGUCCCCAGAUGGAGAAGCCAUCGUCACUGGUGCUGGAGAUGAAACACUCAGAUUCUGGAACGUUUUUAGUAAAACUCGUUCAACUAAGGAAUCCAUAUCUGUGCUAAAUCUCUUUACGAGGAUACGAUGAAAAUAGAGGAAAUAAUGUCAAAUAGGGAAACUGGCAACAAUCCCAUAACUAUACGAGGAAUUGUUUCAUCAUGCCAGUGCUGACUAUUUUCACGUGGAUGGAUCUUAAAGGACUUUUUGAAGAAACUUGCUGCUCAUUCCAAACAGCUCGAACUUUUUAAAAAAAACUGUUUGCAAUUAUGUCUGUUUACAAAGAACUGUUUGAAAAGACUGCCAAAGUUUUGAAUUAAGUGUAGCUAAAGUGCUAUAUUCUAAUUUUCUUUGUACAGUUAUGUAAAGAGCCAGCUACUUUUCAUUGUCAGAUAAAAUGUGAUAUUGAUACAUUUUAUUUAGUGUUAACUGUAAAUAUUUUCGAUGUAGGAAAGGUACAUUAAAUAUAAUGUGUAAAAAUGCAGUGAAAAUGCAUCCCAAGGCUUGAUUGUGGCUUCCAGUGUGCCUACACACACAGCAUUACCAAAAUUUUCAAAUUAUUAAGCAGGAAGAUUACUAAUAAGUGUUUUGUUAUUACAAAUUGACUACUAUAGAUUAACAUCAUGUUGGACUGCACAAUAGUAUUAGUAUUUUAGUAAUAAUUUGGUGGAAAUUCUGAUUAUAAGUAUCCAUUGAAGUAUAAGCCCUACAAUUUGUGGGUAGAUUAAAUUCUUGCUGCUUGUAAUGUUGAAAAUGAUCUUGUCUCAAAAGUGUACAAAUACGGAUGGGAAAGCACUUGAAUUUUGUUAGUUAAAACCUUAGUGGUGUCCAUUAGCAAGGCUGUUAAUGUUUGUACACUCACUCCUGUAAUUUAAAACCAUCUGUGAUAUUUUAUUCUGUAAACUGCUGUCAUUGUCUGUAAUUGUAAAUGAACCUUCUGGCUCAAUGGAUUUGAGUAAAGUUGUUUGAACUUAAAAUUGUUAGCCAUUAUGACUGCAAAUUGUAAUAUGGUCAGGGAGACAUGACAGGUUUUGAAGUUUAGCAGUAUAUACGUCUUUGACACAUUUCAGAACAGGACUUGCAGAAAGUUAGUAGAAAUAGGAAAAUUGCAAACAUGUCUUGGAAUGAUGAGGAUUGUUUUGCUGAUUAUUUUUAUUCCAUCAUUCAGUGAGUUUUUUUAAACAGUGUUUGUGGAUUUUGUGUAUUUGAGGGUUAGAUAUUUGGAUGGGUCCUGUUUUUUUUUAAAAAUUGGGAAAUGAAAACUGUCGACCACACUAGCCCUCUAAUCAGCUGCCCACCAGUCUACUUUCCAGCACAGUCCCCGCAUCUUUUGAUUCUCUCUGUCUGCAAUAUACUCAAUAUGCUUGUGUACUGAGUGUAAAAAAAGGCUACUCUAAUGAUCGGUGUUCAACACCAUUAGUGUUAAGUAAAGAGAACACAAAAUAAAAGGCUUUCCAUGAAAUCCCUUAUCCUGUGACCAUUUGCCAUAGUUGUAAACAAUCCGGUAAAAGAACUUGGGCUCCAUCUAUCAAGCUUCUUAGUCCCGGGGCACUCAUGAUCUACUCUCCUCUCCCAGAAGAAGAUCCCUUCCUCUCCAGCCCUUUACCUUUUCCAGCCAUCACCUCUCAGUUGCUUUCUUCAUUUCCCUCUCCUCCACCUAUCAUCUACCUAUUAUUCUGGCAUCUAUCCCCUUCCUUUCUAGUCCUGAUGAAGGGUCUCAGCCCAAAACAUGAACAGUUUAUUACUCUCCAUUUAUGCAGCCUGACCUGCUGAGUUCCUCCAGAAUUUUGUUUUUGUUGUUCUGGGUUUCCAGCAUCUACAGAGUCUCUUAUGUUUAAGCUUCUGUUUUGUCAUAAUGCAGUUAUCUCUGAUUCUUUUGAACUCUGGCAAGUAUAGGCCCAUUUUUUUGUUCAGCAUCACCUUGUGAAUCAAUCCUCAGCUCCAAAUGCUUCCAGCGAGCCCUUUGUCUCCUCUCAAAGGCAAAUGCAGCCUUUCUUAGCUACAGAGGCUGAAAUUGCUCACAUUAUUUCUUGUUACUUGAUUGAGAGGUGUACAAGACUGCCACAUAGUUGCAGUAAAGGCCAACAUACUUAGUAUUUUCCUCUCUGAUUCCUUGUUCUAUCUGCAUGUCAACUUUAGUUCAUGCACAAGGAAACUCCAAGGCCUCCCCACACCAACAGUUUCCCACAUUAAUGCUUUUCCAAGUCUUCCAAAGUAUUAACUUCAAAUUUCCAAAAAUUGCACUCAUUGGCAACUGUUAACUACAGGAGUGGAAGCCGCUGUGGUUUUCUGCUGUAACACAUCACUUGAAGGUUUGAUGUGUUGUGCAUUCAAAGUACAUUUAUUAUUGAAGUAAAUGUACUAUAUAGAACUCAAAUAAAAACUGUCAAACUGAUGUACUCUUCUGCAAAUCACUGGUGUAAUGCAUAGUUAUUUCCUGUCAGCUUGAACCUGUGAUCAUUCUCCAUAAGACAUCGGAGCAGAAUUAGGCUAUUUAAUCAUGGCUGAUACAUUUCCCUCAACCCC